AUGUCUCAACUGUACUACCGGAGGACAGACAACUCCUCCUAUAGGGACCGGAUCCCUCUGCGGAUUGUCAGGGCCGAGUCUGAACUGUCUGGCCUGGAGAAGAACUACCUGGGAGCAGUGGAGAAAGGAGACUACGCCUCAGUCAAACAGGCUCUAGAGGAAGCAGAGAUAUACUUCCGGAUCAACAUUAACUGUAUAGACCCUUUGGGCCGCACAGCUCUGCUGAUCGCUAUAGAGAAUGAGAACCUGGAGAUUAUAGAGCUGCUGCUCACCUAUAACGUGUACGUCGGUGACGCUCUCCUACAUGCCAUCCGUAAAGAGGUGGUGGGGGCCGUGGAACUGUUGCUCAACCACAAGAAGCCCAGCGGGGAGAAACAGGUUCCUCCCAUCCUAUUGGACAAGCAGUUCUCUGACUUCACUCCUGACAUCACACCCAUCAUCCUAGCAGCUCACACCAACAACUAUGAGAUCAUCAAACUGCUGGUGCAGAAGGGGGUGUCUGUGCCCCAGCCACAUGAGGUGCGCUGUAACUGCAUGGAGUGCGUGUCCAGCUCUGAUGUGGAUAGUCUUCGUCACUCCCGCUCACGUCUCAACAUCUACAAGGCCCUGGCCAGCCCAUCACUACUGGCCCUCUCCAGUGAAGACCCUUUCCUCACAGCUUUCCAGCUCUCCUGGGAACUACAAGAACUCAGCAAGGUGGAGAAUGAGUUUAUGUCGGAGUAUGAGGAGCUAUCUCAGCAGUGUAAACAGUUUGCCAAGGACCUGUUGGACCAAACCAGGAGUUCCAGAGAACUAGAGCUGAUCCUGAACUACAGAGACGACAUCAACCCUCUACUGGAUGAGAACACCAAUGACCUGGCCAGACUCAAACUGGCUAUCAAAUACACACAGAAAGAGUUUGUAGCCCAGCCCAACUGUCAGCAGCUGCUUGCGUCUCGUUGGUACGAUGAGUUCCCUGGGUGGAGGCGUCGUCACUGGGCAGGGAAGUUCCUAACCUGUGUCUUCAUCGGCCUCCUCUUCCCCCUCUUCUCCCUCUGCUACCUGGUAUCUCCUAAGAGCCGCUAUGGACACUUCAUCAGGCAACCCUUCAUCAAGUUUAUCUGCCACACAACGUCAUAUCUCACCUUCCUCUUCCUGCUGCUGCUGGCCUCCCAGCACAUCGUCUCUACAGACCCUAACAGACAGGGGCCGACUCCUACUGUGGUGGAAUGGAUGAUACUGCCCUGGGUACUGGGCUUCAUCUGGACAGAGAUUAAACAGAUGUGGGAUGGAGGAUUCCAGGACUAUAUCCAUGACUGGUGGAACCUCAUGGACUUUGUUAUGAACGCUCUGUACCUGGCUACCAUUUCUCUGAAGAUCGUUGCCUAUGUCAAGUACAGUGGCUUCAGGGCCAGGAACGAAUGGCAGAUGUGGCAUCCUACCUUGGUAGCAGAGGCUGUGUUUGCCAUCGCUAACAUCUUCAGCUCCCUCCGCCUCAUCUCUCUGUUUACAGCUAACUCCCACCUGGGACCUCUACAGAUCUCUCUGGGCAGGAUGCUGCUGGACAUCCUUAAGUUCCUGUUUAUCUACUGCCUGGUGCUCCUGGCCUUCGCUAACGGGCUCAACCAGCUCUACUUCUACUACGAGACAGACGAGGGACUGAAGGGAUGCAAGGGCAUCCGCUGCGAAACACAGAACAACGCUUUCUCAACGUUGUUUGAGACACUCCAGUCUUUGUUCUGGUCUGUCUUUGGGUUGAUCAGUCUGUAUGUGACCAACGUGGAGGCAGACCACCAGUUCACAGAGUUUGUAGGGGCCACCAUGUUCGGAACCUAUAACGUCAUCUCUCUGGUGGUUCUACUCAACAUGCUGAUCGCCAUGAUGAACAACUCCUACCAACACAUCGCUGAUCAUGCAGACAUUGAGUGGAAGUUUGCAAGAACCAAGUUGUGGAUGAGUUACUUUGAAGAGGGAGGGACUCUGCCUUCUCCAUUCAACAUCAUCCCUAGCCCCAAGUCAAUCUGGUACUUCAUCUGCUGGAUCAGGAAACACAUCUUCAAGAUCACCAGGGCCAAGAAAACAGAAACAUUUGGAACCAUAGGGAGACGGGCUGCUAUAAACGUAAGAAUAAACCACCAGUAUCAGGAGGUUUUGAGGAACCUGGUGAAGAGAUAUGUAGCAGCCAUGAUCAGAGAUGCCAAGACAGAAGAAGGAUUGACUGAGGAGAACUUUAAGGAGCUGAAGCAGGACAUCUCCAGCUUUAGGUAUGAGGUCCUAGGGAUGAUGAAGGGGAAGGUGGGGCCUGGGGGUGGGGGCAUGGCUAUAGCAGGAAGUAAGCCCAGUGAAGGGGCAGGGGCCUCCAGUCUGGUCUACCCUGACCACUCCUUCAAGUACUCCCCCAAGUUCCCCCCGGCCACGCUUAAGACCAACAUGUUUCACGUCACCACAUCCAUGCUCCAGCAGAGGGCAGCCCCUUCCUCCACCUCCUCGUCCACAUCCCCUUCCAGCUCUCAGGGCUUGAACCGACUGGUCAACGGCUCUGUGGUACCCUCUUGGACCUCCACUGACACCUCCUCCAUCACCACCUCUUCCACUUCCAUCUCCUCUCCCUCCUCCACUCCCUCCAUCAAAGACGGACUGGCCAGGAAAGACAUCUGUGACUUUGAGCUCUACUCUGUGUCUGAGGAGAUGGGGGAGGCUGACCUGGAGGAGCUGGACUGUGAUGGAGAGAAGGAGGAGAAGGGUGGAGCGAGGGAGAGGACGUAUACAGAGAAGGAAGAAAACGAAGAGAGGGGAGAGUGA